ACCGGUCCCUAAUUUGCGAGAUGCCCCUUCCGGAUGGCUGUUAAAAGCCAGCAGGAAAAUUUUCGAGAUGCCCCUACCGGUACCAUUUGCUGCCACGUCAUCUUCUGCUACGUCAUCUGCUGGCAGUCCAUUUGCUACCAAGCCAUUUGCUACUACGCCAUCUGCUGCCAAUCCAUUUGCUGCUAUGUCAUCGUCUGCUGCCUCAUCAGCUGUUGUCACGACAUCUGCUGCCUCAUCCACAUAUGUAUCCGAAUGGCUGAAGUACGACUUCCCGCCCGAUAUCAAGGAGAAAGUUCGGCGGCUGUGGGGUGCGGAAUGGACUGGGCAGGCACAGAAGUGGUUCCUUUUCCGAUUUAAAGGAAAAGAGGACGAGGUUUCCUUGGCAGGGGACGGAAAGGAGGCGGCUGAGUUUUCUGAGUGGAAGUGGGCACCUGCAGAGGAUGUAAUUAAACAGGCGGUGGAUUUCAAGAGACCGGUUUACGAACAGGUUUUCCAACAUUUUGUCCCUUUGCUAGGGUCAAAACAGGCCAUCAAAUAAAACGGCGGGCUGCAUCAUAUGAGGGGGCUUUUGAUGGCCUGUUUUGACAAAUAGUGGGCUGGGCUGCAUCAAAUUUGGUGAAGAUGGUGUUAUCAGCACACUAAGAAGAAUUUGGAAGGUGGUAAAGCUCACAGAGGUAAGGAGAGUUGUCUCUGUGGGAGAAGAAGUGCCACCCACCAGCAGCAGUGCCAGAAGCAGCAGCUCAAGUUUCGAUUGCAGAGCUGUUGGGAAUCGGAAUUC